AUGGCGAAUGAUGGGACGCCAGCGGCGCGAGCGGCGCGGGCGCGGGCGCGGCGCGGGCGGGCGCGACGGGCGAUGGAGACGAUGACGACGGAGAUGGCGACGUCGAGGUCGUUCGCGGAGGCGGCGGUGGAGAUGGGGGCGUUGGAGGCGGCGCGACGCGCGGUGGAUGGGGCGGAUGACGAGGAGACGCGAACGCGCGCGCGGGCGCUGGCGGAGACGUGCGCGCGGGCGGCGAGCUCGAUCGAACGAACGCGGGAGGAGAGGUUCGGGGAGGUGACGGUGAUGGUUUUGGAGACGGCGUUGGCGAACGGCGUGGGGGCGAGGCUGUGGCGGGCGGCGAGGACGAUGUGCGCGAGACUGGCGGCGGACGCGAGCGCGAUUCGAGGCAAACGCGUGCUCGAGCUCGGCGCGGGCGUCGGGGCGUGUGGAAUCCUGUGCGCCAAGCUCGGCGCGCGUGCGGUGGUUCUGAGUGAUUUCGAGGAACCGCUCCUCGACGCCCUCGAGCGGUCGAUCGCGUUGAACGACGUCGGCGAUCGAUGCGUCGUCGCCGCGGUGGAUUGGCGACGCGAGCUUCGACUCGAGCGCACGCCCGGCGCUCGCGCCCUCGACGACGCCGACGUCUUCGACAUCAUCAUCGGCACCGACGUCUUAUACGAGAAAUCGCACGUCGACGCCUUACCCGCGUGCAUCGCUCGCCGUCUCGCUCCGAACGGCGCGUGCUUCCUCGUCAACGCCGAGCGCUACGCCGGGGCGUUCGACGAUUUUCACACCGCGUGCACCGCGCGCGGUCUCCGCGUCCACCACCCCGAGUUCGACGUCGACAGUUCAAAAGCAAAGGACUGGCACGUCGGCGGCGCGCGCGCGUGCGUGGUCACCCAUCUCUGA